AUGCCUCCUCGCUGCGCACCGGGCACAGCAACUCUCGCUCCUUUCUUGUAUCCCUCACUGUUCCUGGUGCGCGUCUCUUCGCGCAUCACCCAGUACCGAUGCUCCUCGACAACCCAAGUCAUCAAUGAUCUCCCAGAGUCACGCCUGAACCCUGCGCCAGACGACUAUGCCAACCCCAAGUUCGCCGACAAAGCUGAGCUAACGCUAUAUGCUGGUCGAGGUGGCAAUGGGUGUGUGUCCUUUUUGAGGGAAGCUUUCAUGCCCGAUGGUCCACCAAACGGCGGAGAUGGAGGCGCAGGCGGCAACAUCUAUAUCCAGGCUGCCCAUGGAGAGACGUCUUUGCACAAGAUUGCGCGAAGGCGUUUCGUCCGGGCUGGUCGGGGACGACACGGCCAAGGAAGCGCAAGGAGUGGCACAAAGGGGGAAGACGUGAUCAUCACGGUACCAGUGGGGACCAUUGUUCGCGAAAUCGAGCGCCACGACCCUUAUGCUGAGGAGGAGAUGAGCUACCGGGUCUUCAGGGGCUUAGAGAAGCAGCGCAAGAGGGAGCAACGAGAGGCUGAAGAGCAGAGGAAGAGGCUUGCCAAGGCUGCCGAAGAAGAGGAGGACGAAUACGAGCGCGCCAUCAUGCAGGAUCUGCUGGAGAAACAGGACGAAAACGAGAACGAAGACGAAGAUGGCUCGCCCCAGGAUCCGAGGAACCACAAAUGGCUGCUUUACCCUGGCUUAUCGAAAAGCGAAAUGGGCAACGAACAGUUCCCUAAACUGCCCAAGCGGACCAAAUACCUGUCCCAACCGCCGGGCCCCAUUCAGCUGGAUCUGUCGAGACCGACUGAGCACCCUGUUUUGCUCGCGACUGGCGGUAUUGGUGGUCUUGGUAACCCGCAUUUCAACUCUCGACAGCAUCCUCGACCCAUGUUUGCUACCAAGGGUGACGAGGCUGUCACGAUGAAGAUCGAGCUCGAGCUGAAGCUCCUCGCGGAUGUCGGCCUUGUCGGUCUCCCCAAUGCCGGCAAGAGCACUUUGCUGCGGGCUUUGACAAAUAGCCGAACCCGAGUUGGCAAUUGGGCUUUCACCACCCUGCAGCCCAACAUUGGCACAGUAGUCUUGGACAAGUAUACCGGACGCCCUUCGAUACCAUCGAGAGACCGCGCCAGUACAGCUGCGGAUCCUCGCACCCGAUUCACCGUCGCGGAUAUCCCUGGUCUGAUUGAGGGCGCACAUCUGGACCGUGGCUUGGGUAUCGCCUUUCUACGUCACGUUGAGCGCGCUGGCGUGCUCGCCUUUGUGAUCGAUUUGUCUGCUGGCGACGCAGUCAAAGCCCUGAAUUCCUUGUGGCGCGAGGUCGGUCUGUAUGCACAGAUGCGCGAGGAAGAGGAUCGCAGCCGUGAAACAUCAUCUCACAUCGACUGGAGCAUGACAGAAGACGGUUCCAGUCGGCCUCUCGAUGUACUGAACGCGGAUCUCACUUCGCCGAACCAUACGCCUGCGGCAGCCAAGCACAUUGCCGGCAAACCCUGGUUCGUGGUCGCGACCAAGGCUGAUAAGCCAGACACAAAGGACAAUUAUCGCCAGCUGAGCACAUAUCUGGAGAAGAUCACAAAGGGGGAGGUUGGUCAUCCCAGCGGUGUCGAAGGCGCCUGGAUUAAGAAGUGCACUGCCAUCCCGGUCAGUGCGAUCAACAAGCAGGGCGUCGACCGGAUCACGCAUUGGACUGUAGGAUUAUUGGAUGAGUGA